AUGCCUGACGAGUUCCUCGCUAGCAACCCCCCCCCGCUCUGGAUCACUCUCUACCACGUUGUCACCCGCCUCCCUGACUCUCUGCGCCCUGUCAGGGACCAGUUCCUCUCUCGCUCCCCCACUGAACUCACCGUAGACCUCCUCGAGAAGGAACUGCUUGCAGCCGAGGCUAGUAUCGUCGCUGUAGGCACCUCUCGUGGCGACCCCCGCGGCCCCUUCUUCGAGGGGUGCUCCCCUUCCCCCCUCCUCCCCUCUGUCGCCUCUGCUGCUGCUGUCGACCUCCUUGGUGCUGAGAAGGUCGGAGCUGCGUCUGCUUCAGGCGGACGACGCAGGGGCAGGAGUGGCAGGAGUGGGGGUGGUGGCGGAGGAGGCGGGAGUGGAGGUGGUGGCGGUGGAGGUGCGACUGGAGAGGCUAGUGGCGGCAGUGGUGGAGGUGACAGCGGCGGUGGGAGUGGUGACAGGGGCGGAGGUGGCAUCGGAGGCGGAGGUGGUCGUGGCAGCGGCAGGGGUGGAGGUGGCCGGGGCGGAGGCGGCGGGGGUGGUGGUCGUGGAGGCCCGGGGGGCGGUCAGAGUCAGCAGCCUGCCCCGACCCUUCAGGCCGCCCGUGAGUGGUAUGCGCGGCGCAGCGUCACCUGCCAGUACGUUAUUCGCACAGGUGACCGCACUGGCCAGACGUGUGGGGGGCCGCACCAGACGGAGCGCUGCUUCGCCCGCCUCAACGACGCGUGGCGCACCCAGUUUCCUGGUGGGGGUGAGCUGCCGCGCUGGGCUGAGCUGCUCAGGAAGGGUGUUGAUAUUUGGGCACUAGACUUUGAUGCUAUCCUCACUGCCAUGUAUGCGAUGUCUAUUAGUGGAGAGGGUGCUCAGUACUUGCGUGUUCCGCCCGACCCGGGCAUUCAGGCCAGCCCCGCUGCUGCUCUAGGUGCUAGUGUGUCUGCUCCCACAGGUACUACUGCAGCUGCUGCUCUAGGUGCUUGUGCGUCUGUGCCCCCUGGUACUGAGUUGACUGCAGCACUGCACACCUUCACACUGGACUCAGGUGCUUCUCGCUCUUUCUUUCGUGACCGCACUGUCCUUGAGCCUCUAGCUCGGCCGGUUGCUGUCUCUCUUGCUGACCCCUCUGGGGGUCCGGUCCUUGCGACCUCCUCCACCACCCUUCCGUGUCCAGCGGUUCCGUCCGGCACGCUCUCAGGUCUCUACCUCCCCUCGUUCUCCACGAACUUGGUGGCAGGUAGUGCACUCCAGGACGGGGGUGUUCACCAGUUCACCCCUGCCUACGAGCGUGUGACUCACUGCACAUGUGCUCGGACGGGCCGCCACCUAGCUACUUUCACUCGAGAGCCGGGGUCUGACCUGUACACACUGACCACUGAGUCCCCUCAGGUAGCUGCGUCUGCGUCAGCGUCAGGUCAGCUGUCCGCCCCCUGCUCGUGUCGCUCUCUGGCGAACGACACCGUCCUCUGGCACCACCGCCUUGGUCACCCGUCUGUGCAGCGCCUGCGGGCCAUGCACAAACGGGACCUUGUUGCUGGUCUUCCCAGGGUGCUCCCUCCCCUUCCUGACUCCCCUGCUCCUGACUGCAUUCCCUGUGUCGAGGGGCGGCAGCGCGCCGCUCCUCACUCCUCCUCCUUUCCCCCGACGACCGCUCCCCUGCAGACGCUCCACAUGGACGUGUGGGGCCCAGCCCGCGUCCGUGGUCAGGGUCAGGAGAGGUACUUCCUGAUAGUUGUUGACGACUACUCGCGCUACACCACGGUCUUCCCCUUGCGCGCCAAGGGUGACGUCCCUGGUGUUUUGAUCCCCUGGAUCAGCCGAGCCCGUCUCCAGCUAGCCGAGCGCUUUCACUCGGACUUUCCUGUCCUGCGCUUGCACUCUGACAGAGGUGGUGAGUUUGCCUCCGACCUCCUGGCAGCCUACUGUGCUGAGCACGGCAUUGAGCAGUCGUACACGCUUCCGGCCUCUCCACAGCAGAAUGGGGUUGCUGAGCGCCGCAUUGGCUUAGUCAUGGAGCCCCGUGUCUCCUUGCCGGAGACUUCCCCGACUCUGCGGUGGACGGGAGAGGUUGGCGAUGCGUCGCGUUUCCGGGUGUGGGGAUCCCGAGCUUUUGUCCGCGACACGUCUGUGGACAAGCUCUCCCGUCGCGCUCUUCCCUGUGUCUUCCUUGGCUUUGUUCCCGACGCGCCUGGAUGGCAGUUUUACCACGUCACCUCGCGCCGGGUUCUGGCCUCUCAGGACGUCACUUUUGACGAGUCCGUCCCCUUCUACCGCCUCUUCCCCUACCGCACUGCCCCGCUCCCCCCCCCGCCUCUCUUCCUCGCUCCAGGUGCUGAGGUACCAGAACCCCUCCCCCCUCAGGGUGCCGCUCCCUCAGGUGUGUCCCAGGUAGACCCGGGUGAGCCUGUCGAGGUAGCUGUUGACUCGCGUCCUGCGUCUGGGGGUGCUGAGCCUGGGGGUGCUGAGCCUGGAGGUGCGGAGCCUGGGGGUGCUGAGCCUGGAGGUGCGGAGCCUGGAGGUGCGGAGCCUGGAGGUGCGGAGCCUGGAGGUGCGGAGCCUGGAGGUGCGGAGCCUGGAGGUACUGAGCCUGGGGGUGCUGAGUCUGGACGUGCUGAGUCUGGGGGUGCUGAGUCUGGGGGUGCUGAGCCUGAGCGUGCUCCACCUGGAGGAGCCCUCUCCUCCCAGCAGCUGCAGGAGAGGUACCUCGAGUACUGCCGCCUCCGGAGAGGUGCUUCUGGAGCUCGUCCCGGUACUUUCCCUCCUACCCAGGAGCUCCCCCCCAUUCAGGUGAUCCGCGAGUGGUACACGCGGCGCUGCAGUCUUCGUAGUGGUGCUCCUGGUGCUGCGGACCCGAGCGGUGGUGCUGUUGCUGGUGCUGAGGACCCGGACGCUGGAGCUACUGCUGGUGCUGAGGACCCGGGGGCUGGAGCUGCUGCUGGUGCUGAGGACCCGGGCGUUGGAGCUGCUGCUGGUGCUGAGGACCCGACCGGUGGCGCUGCUGCUGGUGCUGAGGACCUGACCAGUGGCCCUGCUGCUGGUGCUGAGGACCCGGGCGUUGGAGCUGCUGCUGGUGCUGAGGACCCGACCGGUGGCGCUGCUGCUGGUGCUGAGGACUCGGGCGUUGGAGCUCCUACUGGUGCUGAGGACCCGGGCGUUGGAGCUACUGCUGGUGCUGAGGACUCGGGCGUUGGGGCUGCCACUGGUGUCCCUGCUGCUUCUGGAGACGCUGCGCGGCCGCGACCGUACUUCGUACCGCUCCUUCAGCAGGUUCUUGGUCAGGCUCCUCCUCCUAGUCCUCCUCCCUCCGUCGAGUGUCCUCUGCCUGUCCAGCCGCAGUCACAGUUACCGCCUGCCUCGCCUCUCCCUGCUCCCUCUCCUUACGCUGGUCCCACAGGAGGUCUUACAGAGCGUCGUGAGCCUGAGUCUCGUCCUGCGUCGCCUAUUCGUACUGCUCGCACUGGUCGUCGUGUCCCACGUGAGCGUCCUCCUCCUGUCCCUGGCACUCACUACAUGACUCUGCGUCCCUCCACUGCUCCGCAGCGUGUCCCGCUGCCGUCUCCUCCUGCGUCCUCUCUUCCUACUCUUCCUGACCCGGAGUCUGACUCCCGUCGUGCUGCCAGUCCCACUGUUACGCGUCUCCUCGCUACAGUUGUCACUGACCCGACCUUUGAGUCCUCUGCUGCGUCUGCUCUGGUCGCUGAGUUGGUUGACUUUGCUGCUCGCUGUCGCCUAGACUACGCUGCCAGCCUUGUCGCUAGGUCUGAGUCUGCGUCUGCCUGUCCUCCGUCCGUCGGGGGUGAGUGUGCCCUCGGCACGGACGUCCUUGAGGACAGACAGGAGGAGUUCCACUGCCUUGCUGCUGCUUUGCCCCGUCUCGUGUCCUUGCUAGUUGCCCCUGAGGGAGACCCGGAUGCACCAGACAUCCCGACCCCACGCUCUUACGCUGAGGCGAUGGCGGGUCCCUACUCCUCUCAGUGGCAGACAGCCAUGGACGCAGAGAUGGCCUCCUGGAAGUCCACAGGCACCUACGUAGACGAGGUUCCCCCUCCUGGGGCGAACAUUGUCAGUGGCAUGUGGAUUUCAGGUCAGCGAGAGGGAGUAGACUUCUUUCAGACCUUCUCCCCCACCCCGAAGAUGACUACUCUUCGGGUGCUGCUGCACAUAGCCGCUCACCGCGACUACGAGCUUCACUCUCUUGACUUCAGCACUGCUUUCUUGCAGGGCAGCCUGCACGAGGAGAUCUGGCUGCGCCGCCCCCCUGGCUUCACUGGGUCAGUUCCUCCUGGCACCCAGUGGAGGCUUCAGCGGCCGGUCUACGGUCUCCGCCAGGCGCCACGUGAGUGGCACGACACACUGAGGACGACACUUGCGGCUCUUGGGUUCGCUCCCUCUACUGCUGACCCGUCGCUGUUUCUACGCACCGACACCUCGCUGCCGCCGUUCUACAUCCUCGUGUACGUCGACGACUUGGUCUUUGCCACUGCUGACACCGCGGCACUCGCUCACGUGAAGUCGGAGCUGCAGAGGAGACACACGUGCACAGACCUGGGUGAGCUGACGAGCUAUCUUGGCUUGCGGAUCACCCGGGACAGAGCACGGCGCACCAUCACCCUGACUCAGUCACACAUGGUGCAGCAGGUUCUCCAGCGCUUCCGCUUCACGUACUCCUCGCCUCAGUCCACUCCUCUGCCUACCGGUCACUCGCUCUCAGCUCUGCCUUCGGAUGAGUCCGUAGAGCCGAGUGGCCCGUAUCCAGAGCUUGUGGGCUGCCUCAUGUACCUGAUGACCUGCACUCGACCUGACCUUGCAUACCCUCUUAGCAUCCUAGCACGCUAUGUCGCUCCUGGCCGUCACCGGAAGGAGCACAUGGAUGCUGCUAAGAGGGUGUUGCGCUACUUGUGCAGUACGUCGGGCAUGGGGCUUGUGCUUGGAGGGCGAGACCGGGUUGUUCUCACAGGGCACUCAGACUCUUCUUGGGCAGACGACCAGGCUACUCAGCGGUCGUCCCAGGGUUACACCUUCAGCCUUGGCUCUGGCUCAGUUUCUUGGCGUUCUACUCGCUCUUCUUCUGUUCUCAGCUCCAGUUGUGAGGCUGAGAUCUACGCCACAGCCAUGGCUGCUCAGGAGCUACGCUGGCUGACCUACCUGCUGACCGACCUCGGAGAGCGGCCUCGUUCUCCUCCAGUGCUGUACGUCGACAACAAGGCUGCCAUUGCCUUGUGUGAGGAGCACAGACUGGAGCACAGAACGAAGCACAUCGCUCUGCGGUACUUCCUUGCUCGAGAGCUGCAGCAGCGUGGUCAGCUUUGUCUGCGUUACGUGGCCACGGAGGCCAACACUACUGAUGUGUUCACCAAGGCGCUUCAGCCUUGUGACCAUCAGCGCUUUUGCACUCUGCUAGGCCUUGUACCUACUGGGCCUCACUUGCUUACCUCUUGA